CUUGCGGUUUCAUAGUCCUGUUGUUAUUGAAAUGGCAACAAUUUUUUUCUCUAACCAAAUUAAAAUUCAACACUCAUUAUUUGGUUAUAGAUAAUAUUAUUAAUCAAUUGUAUUGUGAUUUUUAUAAUUUUAAUUUUCCAUCGGUUUACCGUUCAAUUUUUCGUCUUCUAAUUUAUUCCAUUCAAUCAAAUCAUUCAUGGGAAGAUUGAAUGGUAAGAAAGAUGUGAGGAUCUUGCUUGUUGGUGAUCCUGGUGUGGGUAAAACCUCUCUGAUUUUUUCACUGGUUAGUGAAGAGUUUUCUGAAGAGGUUCCGCCGAAAGCUGAGGAGAUAACAAUUCCUCCUGAUGUUACUCCAGAAAAGGUUACAACUCAAAUUGUCGAUUUUUCUGCACAAGAGCAAAGUGAUGAAAAUCUUUUCCAAGAGAUUCGCAAAUCUAAUGUUAUCUGCAUUGUCUAUGCAGUUGACGAUGAUGACUCAAUUGAAAAGAUUUCAUCCUAUUGGUUACCACUUAUUCGAGAUCAGUUAGGAGAGGACCACACUAUUCCGAUUGUUUUGGUUGGAAACAAGGUUGAUUUAGUUGAAUAUAGUUCUUUAGAGUUAAUUUUACCCAUUAUGAAUCAAUUUAGUGAAAUUGAGACCUGCGUUGAGUGCUCAGCAAAAACGUUGAAAAAUAUUUCUGAACUUUUCUAUUACGCUCAAAAGGCUGUUCUUCACCCAACAUCACCACUUUAUUCAUCUGAUGAUAGAGAUCUCACCGAUAAAUGUAAAAAAGCUCUCACUCGGAUUUUCAAACUUUGUGAUGAAGAUAAUGAUGGUGUUCUAAAUGACAGCGAGCUAAAUCGAUUCCAGAAACAGUGUUUCAAUAGUCCUCUCCAGUCUCAAGCUUUAGAAGAAGUCAAAAAUAUUGUAAAACGCAAUGUUCCUGAUGGUGUUUUUGACAGUGGAAUCACAUUGAGUGGUUUUUUAUUCCUACAUCGUCUUUUCAUUCUAAGAGGACGUCAUGAAACAACUUGGACCGUUUUACGCAAAUUUGGGUACAAUGAUCGAGUCGAGCUUGAUGAAGAAUAUCACCGACCUUUUCUCAAUGCUCCAACUGGAUGUAGUAACGAAUUAUCUCCUGUGCUAACGAGGCCCAAUAGAAACUGGCUUUCCCAGCAUCUUAGGCUGUGGCAGAAUGCCUUCACGACCGGAACUCCUGCAUUGGUUAAAGCUGGAGUAGGAAUUGCUACACUAGCCAUUGUCAGCAUUUUCAUUGUUAGAUUUGUAAAAUCAAUCAAUUCACAAUCCUCUGGAAAGUGAAUGGAUGACUUAAAAUAAAAAAUUAUAGGUUUAUGUUUUUAAAGUGAUUUAAAUUACUUAAAUUGCCAAAUCAUCAGUAAUUAUAAUGAUAAAAUAAAGAGUUGAAAAGGUAAA